CCUGAUGAGAGGUACGGCAGCUGGCGCCGGCGCGCGGGGGCGUGACCUGGGGCGUGCGGCGGCGGCCGAUGAUGAACAGAUGCUGAUUGCAUCUUGUUCUCUUGGAAACAAGCGACAGCAAUCUGACUGAGAGCAUAUCCGAUCCAGUAGACGGGGAAAACAAAUCGUGUUCGCUUUUAAUUGAUGAGGAAGCCAAUUUGGUGCAAGAUGCAAUGCAAAUGGAACAAUCAAUGGAUGACUCUAAUGUGCCAGAUGGGGAAGCAAAGCAGCAGCCAAAACCCCUUUUGCACAGAGCAGCCCAAUUCAAAUGAUGAAAAGGAUUUAAGGGGUGUCAAAGCUGAUCAGCAAUUGCUGCCCCUUAAUUGCAAGCAGUGCAACUCCAAUGGAGCUGGUCUAAGCAAUAUGGGCAACACAUGCUUCCUAAAUGCAACUCUUCAGUACAUCACUCGUAGGGUCCCACUAUCUCUUAAUAUUUCCUCAACUGAUCAUUCCACUCCACGCUUAUCAGCUUAUGUAUGGGUAAUUUCUGAUAAUUAUUUUUUAUUGCUUGAAAAAUGAUUUUCAGAUGUUCUUCUCCAUAUUAGUUUGCAUGAUUAGGAUUGUUGGUUACCUGCAGAUGACAAAGAUGGGUUCUGUUCUUUUUGUGCCCUCAAAGA